AUGUCCUCCGCCGCCCCUCAGAGACUACCUUUUUGGGCGCUUCUGCAGGACCAAAGCGCGGUUGAUGGCCAAGCUACUCUCGUUCGAGCCGGUACUUACGAUCACAAAGAUCACGAGAAGCAGUGGGUUGCACGCCAACCCGCCCUCUACGAACGGGGAUACUCGCUCAGGCCGCGCUACGUUCCGGGAUGGAAGCCGUCCUGGGAAGGCACGAAUCGACAUCCUUUGUACUGCGAAGAUUCGGUUGCCCCACUUAUGACAAACGUCAUAGACGCUGCACGCCUCAGUGACGGCAAGCUCGUGGCCAUCAAGACCACCAACCGUCAACGGGAGCUCGAUAUAGCUCGAUACCUCACCUCAGUGAAGGAUUCUCAAAACCACUGUGUUCCCCUGAUAGACGUCCUUCCAGAUUCUUUGGUCCCUGAGUCGUUCUUGGUCGUCAUGCCUUACCUUCGUCCUUUCAACUUUCCUCCUUUGGACAACUUUGGAGAGCUGUUCACAUUCAUUGACCAGACGUUGGAGGGUCUAUCCUUCCUCCACAGACACAGAAUAGCGCAUCGAGACAUUUGCCCCCUCAACAUCAUGAUGGACGCCCGGUCGCUGUAUCCUGGCGGACACCAUCCCGUCCGGCUGGACACUACACCCGAUACAAUAUACAAGGCGAAACCCCUCUCGAGAACGACCUAUCCAGUGACAUACUACUAUAUCGAUUUUGGUCUAUCACGCCGUUUUGCUGAGGGAGAAUCCACUAUGGUUCUCGGCGACGUUGGACAAGACGCAGAUGUCCCCGAACUCUCCGAGACUGUACCAUACGACGCGUUCAAGGUCGAUAUCUUUUCCCUCGGUAAUCUGUACUUCGCAGAGUUCUUGCAGCUGUACCAACGACUGGAAUUCGUCAACCCAUUGGUCAACGAUAUGAAACAGCACGAUCCAAAUGCGCGUCCACACAUCGAUGACGUGAUCAAGGGUUGGAAGAAGAUCCGGACUGCGAACGAGAGCAAGUCGUCAUGGCGUCUGCUUCGUCACUCAGAAACCCAAGUAUCACGUUUGAUGGAGGACGUUACGACCACUCUCAUGACGGGCUUGUUGCACGUCGUGGACCGCUUUUCAUAG